CAGCAGGGAAAGGGGGAGAAGAAAUGCCAUUUUCAGGACAAACAGAAAUGAUUGGCCCAAGCCUUGGGAGAAGUGCAAAUGAGCCAAUUUUUUUUUCCUGGGUCACAGCUAUUCCUGAUAAUGCGGUACAUGUAUGGAAAUGGCAUGGAAUGCAAGAGGGGAGGGAUAAAGGGGCUGAAAAACCCAAGUGCAAGGAAAGGAGGCGAGAGAAGGAAGGGAGAGGCACAUUGAGAGAAGGACUUGUGCUCCUCCAGCCUCCUCUGUCCAAAAUGCAAGCCCUCUGGGUGGCUGUCUUUGUCCUCCUCUGCCAAGCAGCCUGGUCCCCUCUGGUCGAUGGAGCCCCCCAAACAGCCAGCCCCAAAAUGCGGCACAAGAAGCCCAGCAGCACUUUGGCCCCUUCCAGCCAAGGGACAGCAAAGCCCAAAGUGGCCUCCACCACCACAGCAUCCACUUCCAGGAUCAAGCAGGUGAAGGGCACUGCCAGCCCCAGGACCAGCUCCCCAGCCAAUUUCAGGACCACAACUGUGGCAUCCUUUGGCCGAAAAGGCUUGGAAGAGCCCCUGACCACCAGCAGUGCCAAGAGGAUGCAGCUCUCCACUGCAAAGCCAACUGACAGCAAAGCUCCGAAAAAAUCCGUCCGGGUUAAAGUCAUCAAGAAAAAAGUCCUGAAGAAGAAAACCAAACCUUCCCUCCAGGAACGGAUGGCCAAAGAGGCAUCAAAAUGUCCUCCACUUGGACUGGAGUCUCUGAGGGUUCGGGAUUCACAGCUGCGUGCCUCCAGCUCUAAGAGAGAAGGACUCGGUCCCCACCGCGGACGCCUCAACAUCCAGUCUGGCAUCCAUGAUGACGAUUUGUAUGACGGAGGCUGGUGCGCCGGACACAAGGACAAGAAGCAAUGGCUGGAGAUUGAUGCAAGGCGACUGACACGCUUCACCGGCAUCAUCACACAAGGGCUGAACUCCAUCUGGACGUACAGCUGGGUAACCUCAUACAAGGUACAGUUCAGCAAUGACACCCAUCGCUGGCUGCCUUGCAAGAACGGGAGCGAAGAGGUGAUAUUCCCUGGAAAUAAGGACCCGGAGACUCCAGUCCUCAACCCAUUCCCUGUCCCGGUGGUGGCUCGAUACCUUCGCAUCAACCCUCAAACCUGGUUUGAGAAUGGGACCAUCUGCCUAAGGAUGGAGGUCCUGGGCUGCACCGUGCCAGACCCAAACAACAUCUAUUUGUGGAAUGACUUGCCAGUUACCAAUGAUAAACUGGAUUUUAGACAUCACAACUACAAAGACAUGAGAAAGCUAAUGAAGAAAGUGAACGACGCGUGCCCCAACAUCACACGGGUUUACAGCAUCGGGAAGAGCUACCAGGGCCUGAAAAUGUAUGUCAUGGAGAUUUCAGAUAACCCCGGGCACCACGAAGUCGGAGAACCGGAGUUCCGCUAUGUGGCUGGCAUGCAUGGGAAUGAGGUCCUGGGUCGGGAGCUCGUGCUCAACCUCAUGGAGUAUCUCUGCCAUGAAUACAAGCAAGGCAACCCUCGCAUCCGGAGGCUGGUCACCGAGACCCGGAUCCACCUUCUGCCUUCUAUGAAUCCGGAUGGAUACGAAACCGCCUACAAGCUGGGCUCUGAGCUCUCUGGCUGGGCCAUGGGCCGGUGGACAUAUGAAGGUUUUGACCUCAACCACAACUUUGCAGACCUCAACACCGCCUUGUGGGAUGCAGAGGACAAUGACAUGGUGCCCCACGAGUUCCCCAACCACUACAUCCCCAUCCCAGAAUACUACACAUUUCCGAAUGCCACGGUCGCCCCAGAGACUCGGGCGGUCAUAAACUGGAUGCAGCGCUACCCGUUCAUGCUGAGUGCCAACCUGCAUGGCGGAGAGCUGGUGGUGACGUACCCCUUCGACAUGACACGCACCUACUGGAAGGCCCAGGAGCUCACGCCCACGGCCGACGAUGCCGUCUUCCGCUGGCUGGCCACCGUUUAUGCCACCUCCAACCUGGUCAUGGUGGAAGAUGACCGACGGCUCUGCCACCACGAGGACUUCAUGAGGGAAGGCAACAUCAUCAACGGGGCCAACUGGCACACCGUUCCCGGAAGUAUGAACGACUUCAGCUAUCUUCACACAAACUGCUUUGAGAUCACAAUCGAGUUAUCUUGCGACAAGUUCCCCCACGAGUCAGAGCUGCCCCAGGAAUGGGAAAACAACAAGGAAUCCUUACUGUUGUACAUGGAACAGACCCGCAGGGGCAUUAAGGGGAUAGUUCGGGACAAAGACACCGAAGAAGGCAUUGCAGACGCCAUCAUUUCCGUCGAUGGUAUCAACCAUGACAUAAGGACAGCUUUUGAUGGUGACUACUGGCGCCUGCUGAACCCCGGGGAGUACGAGGUGACAGCUGCGGCUGAGGGCUACCACUCGGUGACCCACAGUUGCCGCGUCUCUUACGAGGACCACCCCACUGUCUGCGACUUCCGCCUGACCAAGACGCCCAAGCAGCGGCUGCGGGAGAUCCUCUCCAAAGGCGGGAAGGUCCCCAAGGACUUGGUCUUGCGCCUCCGCCAGCUGAGGCUGCGCAAGCUGCGCUCCCAGAAGCGGGACCAGUGAGGAAGAGGGCCUGCCUCUGAAUCCAGAACUGUCCCUUUCCAAAAUCAUUCCAGGACCAGAAUCACAAAAGUGCAACUCGAUGCCACCAUCUCUUAUCACAGCAGCAGCCUCUUUCCUCAACCUGAGCAGACAUGAUCAACAAAUAAUCAUGUGCAAUUUCUGCAUUUGGGGAAAACCAACCCUGGGCAAUUGCGUAUGGGGAGAUUUAUGUUCUCUUUACCUCUGUCCCUUUUCCCAGGCAAUUGUCAAGUAGAAGCUGGUGGGUACUGGAGGAUAUCACUUCAUAGUAAGGAAAUGCAGCUGGCCUGGACUCCAAGGGGAAACAAACCAUCGAUAACCAAACCCUAAUUAUUUUUCACUCAAAGGUGAUUAGAUGGUAUGAAGUGGUGACACAGAACUGUGCAAGUCAAAUGUUCACUUGCACAGCGCAAGUAAAAUGUUCACUUGCACAGCACAAGUAGAAUGUUAGCUUGCACAGCGCAAGUAGAAUCUUUGCUUGCACAACACAAGUAGAAUCUUUGCUUGCGCAACACAAGUAGAAUCUUCGCUUGCACAACACAAGUAGAAUCUUCGCUUGCACAGCGCAAGUAGAAUCUUUGCUUGCACAACACAAGUAGAAUCUUCACUUGCGCAGCACAAGUAGAAUCUUCGCUUUCACAGCGCAAGUAUAAUCUUCGCUUACACAGCGCAAGUGGAAUCUUUGCCUGCACAGUGCAAGUAGAAAGUUUGCUUGCACAGCGCAAGUAGAAUCUUUGCUUGCACAACGCAAGUAGAAUCUUCCCUUGCACAGUGCAAGUACAAUCUUCGCUUGCACAGCGCAAGUAGAAUCUUUGCUUGCACAACACAAGUACAAUCUUCGCUUGCACAGCGCAAGUAGAAUCUUUGCUUGCACAACACAAGUAGAAUCGUCCCUUGCACAGCGCCAGUAGAAUCUUCGCUUGCACAGCGCAAGUACAAUCUUCACUUGCACAGCGCAAGUAGAAUCUUUGCUUGCACAGCGCAAGUACAAUCUUUGCUUGCACAACACAAGUACAAUCUUCGCUUGCACAGCGCAAGUGGAAUCUUUGCCUGCACAGCGCAAGUAAAAAGUUUGCUUGCACAGCGCAAGUAGAAUCUUCGCCUGUACAGCGCAAGUAGAAUGUUUGCUUGCACAGCGCAAGUAGAAUGUUCAUUUGCACUGUGUAAUUGGAAUGUUAUCUUGCUGAAGGUUAAACAUUGGUGCUUGUCCCUUUAAUAGGUGUCUAAAUCAGUGCCUUUCAAGUGUGGUUUUCUCCUCUUCUAGGAAAAGCCACAUCUACCAAUAGAACUGCUAAAGGGACAGGAAUUAUCUUGAGUACCAACAUCCCAAGCAAAGACAGAAACCCCAUAAACCUUUGCUUGAGGAAAUUCUUAUUUCAGAGUCCAGUGUAUUCUGUGGUGAAAAGUCAGAAGGGAGGCCCAAAGGUCUACCAGUCAAACCCCAUUUUUCCACAUACACCAUCUAAGCCAGUGGUUCUCAACCUGGGGUCCCCAGAUGUUUUGGCCUUCAACUCCCAGAAAUCCUAACAGCUGGUAAACUGGCUGGGAUUUCUGGGAGUUGUAGGUCAAAACACCUGGGGAGCCACAGGUUGAGAGCCACUGGUCUAAGCGUUCCUAAUCAACCAUAAAUAGCAUAAUUGCACAUUCUUAAUUCAGGAAAUCCAAUGUCUAGAACAAUGUGAGUCUCCCUUUGAAAAAUUCAUCUUUCCCUACUCAGAUACCAUUUAGAUUACAUUAGAUUGCAGUUCUCAUCAUCCCUGAGCAAGUUGUGUUUACCAUUACUGGAAAACUCUUUGGAGACAGUUUUAAAUCAGAUCCCACUAUGGCCCCAUCUACACUGUCAUAUAAAAUCCAGAUUAUCUGGGUUAUAUGGCAGACUCAUAUAAUCCAGUUCAAAGCAGAUAAUCUGGAUUUUAUAUGGCAGUGUAGGUGGAGCUUAAGUCUUAAGUCAUGAACUGUAUGCUAGUGCAUUUCUCUGCUAAAACUAAGAUGGUGGUAUCCCAUUCCAAAAGGGGUGUCUACACUGUAGAAAUAAUGCGGUUUGACACAACUUUUGUGACAUAGCUCAAUGCUACAGAAUUCUGGGAGUUGUAUUUUUGCAAGAUCAGAGGGCUGCUGCCUCCCCAAAUUACAGCUCCUAAAAUCCCAUAUCAUUGAGCCAUGGCAAUUGAAGAGGCAUCAAACUGCAUGAGUGUACAUGCAGCCAAAAUGCUGGAAGCUUAUGGUUGAGUGUAAACCAUGUUUUCCACAUAUUCUCUCCAGUACAUUGUAUUAUAUCUUUCAAUAUAAGCAAGAGCGGUGGUUGUGGUGGUGAUGAGAAUCAGAGCCUGGAAAGGUUGCUUUGCCAACUCUGGAUCAUGGGCAUGCAUGGAAACCAAUGGCAUCUCCCCUCCUGCUGGGCGGGCCCUGAUCGGAAGGUGCCAUGGAUUAAAGUUUUAGGAGAAGAGGAAGAUGCAACUGUUUUUGUAAAUAAAUUUAAAUGCUGGCAUUGCAGUGCCCUUGCUAGCCAAGGGGCAUUUAGACCGAGUCUUUCUGAAUAAAUAUUGUUCGAUAUUUAACCUUCCAAAA